GCUCAUCUUUCUCUCUCUCCUUCUCAUAGGGCCCAUCUUUGUUGCCACUAGUCUUAAGAGAGAUUAACCCUCAAACGCAUUGAGGAAGAAUUUCACCCUUAAGAAAAAGGUAGGGAACAUAAUUUUGAUAACUAUUUAGAAAGAUAAGUGGUAAUCAGGUGCAACUUUUCUUCCUAAUGGCUUAAAAUUCUCAUCUUUUAUCUUUCAUAUGACCAGAAAACUGUAAAGAAAGGUACAGCUUUGGAUCACUCACAAUCCCCUGGUGUGCCUCAAAGAGAGAGAGAGAAGAGAAAGUGGGAUAUGGUAUAUAGUUGAGAGAGAGAAAUUGUCUUUCAAUUUGCAGGCUCAGCGGGGGUUGGUGGUGGAUAUAUAUAUAUAUAUAUAUAUAUAUAUAUAUUAAUUAUAUAUUUGGGGAGAUGUCAGCAGGUGGGUGUAGCAUAGUAUGGUUCAGGAGAGAUCUAAGGAUAGAAGAUAAUCCAGCUUUAGCAGCUGGAGUUAGAGCUGGUGCUGUGAUUGCUGUCUUUGUAUGGGCACCUGAGGAAGAAGGCCAUUAUUAUCCUGGAAGGGUGUCAAGAUGGUGGCUUAAGCAAAGUUUGGCUCAUCUUGAUUUCUCUUUGAGAAGUUUUGGCACUUCUCUCAUCACCAGAAGAUCUACUGAUAGUGUUUCUUCUCUACUUGAUGUUGUUAAGUCCACUGGUGCCAAACAGCUAUUCUUCAACCACCUAUAUGACCCCUUGUCUCUUGUCAGAGAUCAUCGAGCAAAGGAGGUUUUAACUUCUCAAGGCAUAACUGUGCGUUCCUUUAAUGCUGAUUUGCUCUAUGAACCAUGGGAUGUUAAUGAUGCACAAGGCCGCCCAUUCACAACCUUCACAUCUUUCUGGGAGAGAUGCCUUAGCAUGCCAUAUGACCCAGAAGCUCCACUUCUCCCGCCUAAGAGAAUAAUUUCAGGUGAUGUAUCAAGGUGUCGUUCUGAUACACUGGUGUUUGAAGAUGAAUCAGAGAAGGGAAGCAAUGCACUCCUUGCUCGAGCUUGGUCUCCUGGAUGGAGCAGCGCUGAUAAGGCUCUCACAAAUUUCAUUAAUGGACCACUCAUUGAGUACGCAAAAAAUCACAAGAAAGCUGAUAGUGCUACAACUUCACUUCUCUCUCCCCACUUGCAUUUUGGGGAGGUAAGUGUGAGAAAAGUGUUCCAUCUUGUCAGGAUCAAGCAAGUUUUGUGGGCCAAUGAAGGAAACAAGGCUGGUGAAGAGAGUGUGAACUUGUUUCUAAAGUCUAUUGGUCUAAGAGAAUACUCAAGAUACUUGAGUUUUAAUCACCCUUACAGUCAUGAAAGGCCCCUUCUUGGGCAUCUAAAGUUCUUUCCAUGGGUUGUGAAUGAGGACUAUUUCAAGGCAUGGAGGCAAGGUAGAACUGGAUAUCCAUUAGUGGAUGCUGGCAUGAGGGAGUUGUGGGCUACUGGCUGGCUGCAUGAUCGAAUACGAGUAGUAGUUUCGAGUUUCUUUGUUAAAGUUUUGCAACUUCCUUGGAGGUGGGGAAUGAAGUAUUUCUGGGACACUCUCUUGGAUGCUGAUCUUGAGAGCGAUGCACUUGGUUGGCAGUAUAUAUCUGGUACUCUCCCUGAUGGCAGAGAAUUCGACCGCAUAGAUAAUCCACAGUUUGAAGGGUACAAAUUUGAUCCACAUGGAGAGUAUGUACGGAGGUGGCUUCCUGAACUUGCCAGAUUGCCAACUGAAUGGAUUCACCAUCCUUGGAAUGCACCAGAAUCUGUACUUCAAGCAGCUGGAAUUGAACUGGGGUUAAACUACCCUCUCCCUAUUGUUGGAAUAGAUGCUGCAAAAGCCAGAUUGGAAGAAGCACUAUCUGAGAUGUGGCGGCAAGAAGCAGCUUCGAGGGCCGCAAUUGAGAAUGGAACUGAGGAAGGUCUUGGAGACUCCUCUGACAAUGGUGUGAUUGCCUUCCCUCAAGACAUACAAAUGGAGGAGAACCAUGAACCCCUGAGAAACAAUCCUCCUCCAACAACUCGACGCUAUGAGGAUCAGAUGGUCCCAAGCAUGACUACUUCUUUGUUCAGAGUUGAGGAGGAAGAAUCCUCUCUGGACUUGCGACUUUCAGCAGUAGACAGCCGAGCUGAAGUGCCCACAAAUGUAGUUGUGAUGCAAGAACCGAGGAGUGACAUGUUGAACCAUGGGCCAGGGCAGACUAUCACUCAGCCACAGUACAAUCCAACUGCAAUGCAAUAUGGUGCUGAGGAUUCAACAGCAGAAUCUUCAAGUAGUGCUAGGAGAGAGCGAGAUGGGGGUGUUGUUCCUGUUUGGUCUCCUUCAGCUGCCAGUUACUCAGAGCAGUUUGUUAGCGAAGACAAUGGCAUUGGUGCAAGUUCUUCUUAUUUGCAGAGACAUCCUCAGUCUCAUCAAAUAAUAAACUGGAGGAGACUAUCUCAAACUGGGUAAAGAGAAAGAAAACAUCCACGCUUGAGAUAGCAAAAACCGCAGGUGACAAACGCAGUGUUGACUGUUUCUGAUAGGCCACGGGAAGGUGGAAGUUUGCUCCACAUGGAACACAUCCGACCUGUUUUCUCCUUCACUAGUUUGACCUGAAACAGCAGUUGACCUCUAAUCCGUAUUAUCUCCUUCCUAAUUAGUGUAGGAAGCUCCCGGGCCAUCCUUUUGUCCCUUGUUGUAUCAUAUUAUGUAGCUUUGUUUGUAUAGUAAAUGUUGUUCUCGUAAGGGAGAGUUAGAUAAGUAAAGAUAGAAUGUGUAGUCCUAGAAUAAACUCAGGCAUGUGCUUUAACUAUUAAUCCCCAGAUAUUUUAUCAUGACGAUUUUAAGUAUCCACGUUUUCUUCA